CUGGCGAGAAACAGCUCUGUCAAAAUCGAUCUGCAGGAUCCGAUCAUGACUUCCCCCGAAGAAUUGAGUGGCAAGACCGCUGUUUUGUGUGCAGAAGGAUAUUUAGAGUCCUCUCAAAUUCAAGAUGCAGACAGCAAUACUUUCAUGGGGAUCAGAGACAUGUAAGGGUAGAGGUUGUUUUCGUGAAAACGGUUCUUGCACCGGCUAUAAAGUGGACUAAGGCCCGGUUUAGACGCCGGUCCACUCAUGUGCCGAACCUGUGUCCGUUAUACAAAGUAAAUGCCCUUUUAAGGCUUCAAGUUAAGUUGGCGUUUUUCUGAUGCAAAACGUCUUCCUCUCAAUCACUUUUUAUUAUUAUUGGCCUGUACUCAAAAGAAAGCACUGUACACAAUGAGUUUUUAACCAAACCGUAGCUCAGUAAUUAGUGGGAGUUUUCCCAUGUAAAGCCUAUUUAAAAAUUGGUUUUCUGACCUAACUUCAUAAACACAAUAUGGUUUAUGACUUUACCCUGUAAAAUGGGAAAAAUUAAGGCCAUUACACAGCAAAUGUUUCAUUGUUAUCUUGUCUGGUGGGAUAAUUCAUUACAAAUGAUAGUGUUCAUACUGGAAUCCUCAAAUUUGGGUGAACUUAUGUAACCGGCAAAGGUUGUCUAAUGAUAAAAUUCAAGGCGUGUGUUCCAUGUUUGUUAAUUUUCAUACUUUUCGUUUAUGGAACUUUUCUCCAGGGAAUGUAAGCUUACAAGAAAUAAAAAGUAGAGGAAUGACACCAAUAUGUUUGCAGUUACUGAAUGGGGUGAACCUGGGAUAACUUUGACUUGGAGGGUGGGGACACCCUCACUUCAAGUGCAAAGAAGAAGAGGUGUCUGGGAUAAAAGAGGGAAGGGUAUUUGGAGGUAAGAAAAGGGGGAUAUCUCCCAAAGACCAACCCCCCACCCCUGCCUAUUUUUUCCAAAGGUCUAAAGUUGUAAGGAAAAAUAUUGAUAUAGUUAUAGUCCCAUGAACAACUAUUGUAUCCAGUGAUGAGUAAUAAUAUUGUUCUGUUGUUUUGCAGAUUCGGUGGUAUCACGAUCAACACAGAAAAGGAAACAUGCAAGGGUGAAAAGGAAUUUGAAAUGAAACUGGUUUGUAAGUCUUCCUUGCUUUUCUUAUUUUUUGAGAUAGUGUUUAUGUGGCUAACUUUGUGACUCUGGUCUUUCUCUGAUACUUGAUACUGAUUUUUCUUCAGCAUCAUUAGAGAAGUUCAAGCAAGGUGCUAUCCGAGGAGUUUGGCUGAGAAUAUCAAUUAACAAUUCUACAUAUAUUCCUAUUGCUGUGAAGGUUUGUGUUCAUAGAAGUUAGUUCAUAUGUUAACUUGAAACAGUUGGAAUAUGUACUUUGCUUCAGGCGAUCCUUAACCCUUUAAACCUUAAGAUCAAAUUGAGAUUCUCAUUUACUGUCCCUUUACUUUUUCAAUAGAAGUAGUGGGGAGAAUCUGUUGAAAUGUCAAUAGACUCAUCUUCCCUGAUCAUGUACUCAAUUCUCAUGACCACUCUGUUUUCUAAAGCAUUGAUAUUAGAAGGAAAAAUUUCAUGCUGAUCACUCUUAGGGCUUAAAGGGUUAAUUAUGAGGCAAGGGAGUGAAUAGACUCUACAAAAGUCCUUAAUUUCUUUUGUAUUUUAUUGAUGUUUAUCACAAAAGUUUUUACACUUGGAAUUUAAACGGGUUAACUCUACUACAGUAACGAUACAUGGUAACGAUACUCAAGAAAGAAAGGAACAAGUAGGAAAGAAAGAAAGGAAUUUUCAUUUUCAUUAGUUCCUUAUUUUCGCUAAAAUUGAAUAAAAGUCCUUACUGAUGGAAAGAAAAAGGGAUAUCAUCUCCCAAAAAAAUUAAGAUGACUUGUCUGUAAGUCAAGGAGAACAGGAAAAUAAAAAAUAUAUGAGGUAUUUUAAUGCUAAAAGGAAUCACUUCUGAUUUUAAGAAUAAAGGAUUCAACAGUACUUUUAACCUCAUCCCCAAGACUGCACUCUUUGAUACGUUUUUUGAAAUUUAUUCACACUUUGGUACACUUUUUAGUGAUAAAAAUGUUUUAAACAUUUUGUUUGAUGUUGUGAAAGAUGUUUAUUCAGUCAGUGACACAAGCAGCUCAGAAGAAAAAGACCAAGUACUCCCAAUAGGAGCUGAACCUAUGACCUUCUGUUCACUACUCCAGAGGCUCUACCACUCAGCUACAGGAGACUGAUCAGUGGCAGAUCCACACCUUCAGAUAAGGGAGGGGAGGGAUGGGGGGUGGAGGGGGGUCUCAAAAAGUGUUUUUCGACUCUUUGGGCCUCAGUUUGUCUCCCCUGGAUCCCUCCCCUGGAUCUGCCACUGCUGAUAAUAGCUAAGACCACUAACUAUUUUUGGUUGUGUUUGUUUGCAAUAGCAUGGUUUUGUAUUUCAUCAUACAUAUCCACAUCACAUUGUCCUGACUCAAUGGCUGCCCAAGACCGAACCAAACACACUUCCAACAUUUGCUACAAGUUAUCUUGGUAUGCUGAUUGAUAACCUUGUUACUCUACAUUGAGCAAUGUAUUUUUAUUAUAGGACUAGAUCUUUCUAUUGUCAGUCAUAACCCACGAUAUGCUCACAAUAUGUUCUAUAAAAAUGGCUUAAUAAAUUUAGCAUACAUAUGGAAUUCUCCAUGUUAUAGCUACAUGUAGGAUCCAUGAACUUUAACCUUUUAAAAGACAUCUCUAUUGCAUAUUUUCAAACAUUGAAUUCAGCUUGUAGAUUUUAGAACCUUUUUCCAACUACCUUUUGUAAGCUUGUCAGAAGUGCUUAAUAUCUUGAUGCCCACUAUCAUAUCAUGAAACAUUUUUACAUAAAUAAUAGUCUUGAAAAACCAUGUUCCUCAGAUUUGAAGCACCACCUUCUUCCAGUCAUGAAAGGACUAAUUUGAUUUUACAAGGGUUAAAGGGUCUUACAUAGUUUGGGGGCAUGCAGCAUAAUCAUUUCGUUUUGCAAAAUCAAUGGAGCUUUAGUUAUUUAUUUUUUUCGUGCUUUUGUUAUAUUUUUAGGUGCUGGUGGAUUAGUUAUCAAUGAGAAGAAUCAAGUUUUAGCUGUUUGCGAGAAAUAUAGAAGAAAACAACAUUGGAAGCUGCCAGGAGGCAUGGUUGACAGAGGUCUGUACUAAGUGAAUGCUACUGAUAAUGUUUAAUACUCACUGCUAACAGGAACUCUCAUAAGGAGCAAUCAAUAAACCUGUGAGUUUACUUCUCUGAAGGCUAUUCCCUCCUAAUUGUUCUCAACAAAAUAGACUUGUGCAGUUAAACAUUAAGUUGCAACACUAGGAAAUUUAAUCCCUUUCCUUAAAUUAGAUAGAAAAUACUAAUAAGCUUCUUUUCUAUUUUCAAUGAGUUAAAAUAGUUAAGAAGUAGCAAAGUUUGACUUUGUUUCAAGUGUGACGAUGGCAUAUCACAGUUCUAAUUCAUUUGACAAUCUGUUAACAAAAUGACUCAUGCCUCAUAAAAAAAACCUAAAUAUGGAUUUGGUGUGCAAAUCAACCAAUACAUUGUAAACUAUGUAUUCACCGUGCUGUUAUGUACUUUACCAGCAUGCAAAGAAAGUCGUGUCCGCUAGCCUGGGGCUAGUGGAUUUUGCUAUUAGGCUAGUGAUUUUUGUUCUUAACUUACCCGACAGGCAAGUGCUGUUUUUUUGGGAAAUUCAAAUUACAGAAGGAUUGUAAUGAAUCCUGCUAAUCAAAAAGGGUUUUGGAGCUAGUUGUUGACUUGUGGGCUAGUAUAUACUAGCUACAGCUUGCCCGAAUGGCAGGCCGUAAAACUGACUUUCUUUGCACCCUGUUUACUCUGUACCGUGGAACCUCAAUAUAACGAAACAUUAUAUGACAAAGUCUUCAGUAUAACGAAUGAUUUUCUUUACCCUAGUAAUCAACAUAUAAAAAAGAACCUCGAUAUAGAAAACAAAUUUUGCCAGUCCCUUAGUCCUUUGUUAUAUCGAGGUUCCAUGGAAAAUAGUUCUCACUUGGUAUACAAAAUCAACAGUGUCUGACUUCCUUGUUUUGCUCCAUACAAAAACGUUCACAGAUGAAAGCAUCAUUGAAGCUGUGAAAAGAGAAGUUUUGGAAGAAACUGGAAUCGAAACUGAGUUUGUCUCUCUGGUCUGCUUUCGUCACCUUGUAGACUUUCGUUUUGGCUGUUCUGAUGUUUAUUUCAUCUGCCAUCUGAGGCCAUUAACUCAAGAAAUCAAAAUGGACACAAAAGAAAUUGCUGCUGCACAAUGGAUGGAUGUAAGUGCUUCAAGGGGAAAUGACCUCUACUGUUUUUUUAAUAUCUAUUUUAAACCCCUGAAACUGCCCACCUACCCCUCCCCUAAAUAAGUCACAAUUUUGCUGUAAGUGAAAAGUAAGUGUUAAUGUUGGAUUAGGGGAGGGGUAGGUGGGCAUUUUCCCAAAAACCGUAUUGAUCUGACUAGGGAUAAAGUUUGUGCUGCGAACGUUCUUAGAAUAACUCUGACCCUAUUUAAUGGGGAAUGACAUAAAAAAAAUUGAUAUCCUGUUUUAAGGUUACGUUACAUAACAACAAAUAAAGAUGGAACAAGGUUGAACUAUUCAAAACAAUGUUGCAACGUUCUGUAAUGCACAGAAAAUAGUUGUUGCGAAUCGUCCUUUGAGGAUCAAACGUGGAAAGCAACAGCUUGAUUAAAGAAUGACGUGAAAACGUCAUAUUUUAUUUCUUUUUUUUGUAUGGAUAGUUUUAUCCAUGUUAAAGUUAUGAUGUCAUCCGUUUUUUGUGCAUGGAUAGUGUUAAUGUUGCUCUUUUAGGUGAAUGCAAUAAUUUUUAUGAUAAAUCAAGAGAUAAAUGAAUGAGGACGUUUUUUUUGCCUUCUUUUUUUAGUUAGAUGAGUACAUUGCAAGCCCAUUGGUCAACGACAGCAACCGGUUUAUUGCAGAGUCCUACAAGAACAGCUUUCAGAAUAAUGACAGCGUGCUAAAAAUUGAAGCGAAGCAAAUCCAAGUUGGCAAGGCGACUGCAACAUUCUUUAGCUUAAAUCAAAAUAAUUUACAGAGUACGUUAUAGAACAAACACAAAACAGGACUCCGGUCACCUCGCCACCAACUGAUGACUCUGAAAUAUUAAAUCAGAAUAAUUGACACGGUCUACUCACGUAGGUUUCUCAGGCGUGACCCGCUGUCUAUCCAUCUCAAAAUUAGUGGAUUUUUAUGCAUAGGGUACUUAACUUGCUCCUAAUCUUCACGCGGCUCUAACGCCAAAAAAAUUACAGCAUUCGCCCGCUAAUCCCACAGUUGGUGGCGAGUUGGUUGGCGCCGGGUCGACUUCUUUUGGUGGCGAGGUGGUUGGUGGCGAAAUGACCGUUAACUACAGAACAUAACAAGCAACUGCGUAUUUUACUUUCGCAACUUGAUGUACAAAACCAUUUCAUACUCAAUUCAAACCUACAAUUAAAGCAAAGUUUUUAUCUAAGUUGUGUCAAGACUGAAAUUGUUCGCAACUUCCUAUUUAUUAUUUUAUUCAAGUGAACGUUUUUUCAACCAGUAAAUUGCAGUUUCCUUGAAAACUGAAACACGGACUCGGAUUGGAAGCUUAGUAACUAGAUCUUUUGCUGGACAAUAUCAAACCAAACAUAUCCCUAAGGAAAUAAAGUAAAAACUUUAAUUAAGGAAAGAGUCAUUUCGUAUUUCAUUUAAAUUAUUUGUUAGUGUACCAACACAAAAUGAGCAAUUAAGGGCUAUAUUCAUGCACGUCCGUUCAAGUUUUACAAACAAACUAAGUUAUACGUCUUCGGGUUGAAGACUUCAUCCACACAAGAUUAAUACAAAAGUUGACGUUAACAGUCACUAGAAAAGACAGGCUUCAACAUGGUCUCGUGCCAUCACCCAAACACCUGAAAUACUCACGAAGCAAUAUCUUAACUGGGGAU